AUGUAACAUAAUUUUUCUAAGAAAUUAGAAGAAUUCCAAGAUCUUGAUCCAAGUGAAUAGUUUCCUUAAAGAAGAGUUUCUAAAACAAUAGUUUACUAAAACAGUUAAUCAAUAUAAGAAGAAGAUGAAGAGCAAUCUUCUUCUAAUUUUUAAUAACCAAAACCAAAAUUACCUUACAUGAAUUCUUCAAUUUAAUAGCCUUGUGAACAAAGUGGAAGUGACAUGAAAGUUCCAACUGUAUAUACAAAUAUAUAAUCGAUUAAAAGUUUUGAGAAAAACUUGUUUCAAUAAGAAUCAAAAAAGUAUGAUUUGUUUCUUAUAUAUUUUUAGUAGUAAACUAAUAGAAAUUUCAGGAUUUGAUAGUGAAAGAUAAUCUCCACAAUCAGAUUAUGUAUUUAUAUAUAUUAAAUUAGAUCGAGUCUUAUUUAGUCGAUAGAAAUAAGUCUUCUACGAUUAAUUCUUAGCAUAUUAAAGCUAUAAUUAAUAGAUUUGCAUAAAGAAUGAAAAGAAAAGUGGAUUUGAAUAGAUUAAAAGAUUUUACAUUAAUAGAUAAUUAAUCAUAAUGUAAUACUGAAUAAUAAAUAAUAGUCAAUCCAUAAGUUUACAAAUGGUUUACAAAUCUUUACUUUAUUUUAAGUUCAAUCAUUAAUAUAAUCUCAAUUAUAACGAUACCAUUAUAAAUUGUUGAAGAAUUAAGAUUUAAAAAUUUAGCUUACAUUACUCACUGUUUAGUCAUUCUCUAAAUUUUAGCAGAUCUUUAUUUUAAAAGAGGACCUUUUCAUUUAAAAGAGGGUAACUUUAAUAAUUAAUUUGUGAAUGAAUAAAAAUUAGCCUUAGACUUAUUCAGAAUAAUUUUUGCUAUCCUAUUAGUUUUUGCUUAUUAUUAUUAUAAUUUGAAAUAUCUAAUUAUUCCGUAUUUCAUUUUAUAAUUGAUAAGAUAAGCUGAAUGCUUCGAAAACAUUUACACAUCAAUUUAGCUCAUUUUUUAUAUUAUUAUUUUAUGGCUUACCAUAAUAAUGUCUUUUGUUUGUCUCUUUGAAUCUGAAUAAUAAGAUAUAUAUUAUUCAUUUACUAUUGCUAUUUCUAUUCUUACUCAUAAUGGAAUUAUUGUUAUAGAUGUUACUCCUUCAAAUUCUUUACUACUACAAGUUUAUAUGAUUAUUAGUUCAUUAACCAUGAUUUAUACUGCUUCCAUUAUUUUCAUUUGGAUUAAACCAGCUAUUAAAUUAUAAUAAGAAAAAGAGCAACAUUUGGCUUCGUUUCUUUAAGGAAUUAAAAACAAAAAUAUUGAUUAUGGAUUAUAAUGCAGAUCCUACUCAUAUCUUGAGUAUAUUGUUGAUGUAAAUUGGAUUCUCAGAUUUAGGAAGACAUCAUGAAAACCCGCGAUCUUUUGACUAAAAAAUUAUCACCUGCACUUUAAGAAGAAUUACAAGUUUCCAUACGAUCCAAAAUGGUAGAAAAAAUAAAACUCUUUAAAAAGUUUUCCUCUAGUCUUAGAUAGUAAUUGAUCUAUUGGUUUGAAAUCUCUACCUAUAAUCCAGAAGAAAAUAUUGUCUAAGUAAUAAAUACAAGUAAUUCUUAGGAACAUUAAGUUGAAGACUUCUGUUUAUAUUAUAUCUUAAAAGGAAAAGUUAAAAUAUAAUUUCAAGGUUAAUAUUAAGGAAAACCUAAAAGAACAUUUCACACACUUAUAGAAGGUUAGACUUUUGGUGAAUUUUCGUUUAUUAGUGGAAUUCCAUCUUAUAUUUCAUUAAAUAGUGAAGGAUUGACAACAGUUUUGAGAUUGAGAAGAUCUGAUUUUUUAGAAAUUAUUAAGAGUUUUCCUCAAGAUAAUGAAAUCUUUUGUUAUUAUAAAGAAAACUGUAAUCAAAAUCAUAAUAUGUUUGAAUGUCAUUAUUGUAAAAUUAAAGGACAUAUGCUUUUUGAAUGUUAAUACUUGUAAUAUUAUCCAUAAAAAGUUAAUGUUAUUGAAAAAUAUUUAUAUCCUCAUGUACAAUAACGAAUAAAAUCUGAAAGGCGUAUUAAAUCGCCAAAAACCUUAUUAAUGGUAUUUGUUGUAGGUGAAAGUGCAAAGUAAUUUCAGUAAAAAUUGUCUUAGGAAUAUAUGACAUCAGAAGAUUUUCCAAUGUCUUCAUAACUUCCAUAUAGUGAAAGUAUUAAUAAAAUUGAUAUUUAUAUAUUAAAUCUAUAUAGAUUAAACCCAACAAUCAGCCAGUUAUAUAAGUAAGACACAAUCGAUCCAUAAAGGUAAUCCGGAAUAACUUAGUGAAAAUCCAGAUAGUAUUGAAGAAUAGUUAUAUGAUGAAAUGAUAAUAGAUCCAGUACUUAAUAAUCAAUUUAGAAAACAAACUAACAAAACAACUUUAAGAACAGCUGGAUUUCCAUUUAUGACAGAUAAUCUAUGUAAUGAAAUUCAUAAGCAUAUCUUAGAGAAUAUACAUAAAGAUAAAUUAUAAAUUAUUAGUGAGGUUUCAUAAAGUAAAUAGUUUGAUACUCUUAAUUCCAAACAUGAAGAUUCAAAUUAAUUAAGUAAGUAAAGCAGUGGUUCAUAAGGAUUUGCUAAAAAGAAUAAUUUAUAUUCUGCUGCUCGAUCAAUGCAUACUAAGCUAACAUUCAGAUAUCAAUAAUAAUAAUCUAAUUAGAUGGACGAAUCCGUUUAAUUUUAACAGUAAUAAAAUUCAGUCAGAUAAACAUCCAAUCGAUCUAAUACCUAUUCUAAUCCUCUUUCUAAUAACAUAUCCAAUAAUCCUUCAAUCAUAUCAAAGGUACAUACAAAAUCAGCAGCCAGAGCAUCUCCUACUUAAUUUUAAACUUAAAAAAAGAAAGAUGACAAAGGAUCUCAUAGUGAUUAAUCUUUAUCUGAACAGCGUCAUACAAAUAGAAAAAAGAGUACUAAGACAGGAACAAAAGUGAGCAUUCUAUAAUCUUAGUUCUAAGUAAUCAACACCCCUGAUGUAUUAAAGUUGAUUUAUAAAAAAGAAUCCACAUUAUUAAUAUAACGAGAUAUUUUUUAAUAGAUUUGAGAGAAUGCAUUUAUUUAAGUAUUAUAAUCCUCAUAAUAAUUAUAAUAAUGUAAUAUAAAGGUAAUGAAAUGAAUAUAUAAAAAAGAAUAAAUAAAUAUUAAAGAGUGAAAAAGGGGAAGGCUAGUCUUUAUACAAUAAAGUGUUUUGUAUCUACAAAAAUAAAACGAAUAAAGAGAUUAUUAGAAUUAUAAAUAUGA